AUGGCCUCCUCCCGGCUCGCCGACCUCUUCGAAGAAUUCUGUCGGCCGCCGUCCGCGACGAGCUUCUCACCUCUGGGCGCCUCCAACAAUGCUCAACAAGCCCAGCAACAACAGCACCACCACCACCAUCAGCCGAACGGGGCCGGUGGCGAUGGAUCCGGCAUGGCCCAGCUGCCCGGGCAUUUCAUGCCUUUCGAGGAGAUCGCGCUGCCGCCGCACCUGAUGCCGCUCAACCCGGAGGACGAGGACGACGUCGUGCCGGACAUGCAUGCCGCGUUCGGGAUCAAUCGCGCGCUGGGCCAGAACCAGGCCGGCGGAGCGGGCGCAGCGAGGGGAGUCGGUGGGAGUGGAGGUGCGACGGGAGCCGCGGAGCCCGGCGGCGAGGCGAGCAAUGCCGGUGUACAGAGGGAGCCGGUCUGGAGAGAUUUUGGUCUGUCGGGGAUCGUGGCGGGCGUGAGAUCCAGUGGAAUCGGCGAGCGGCCAGGACCUAGAAGAGAGGGGAAAAAGACGGGGGUGCUACUCUUACGAUGA